UUGACCAUGUUAGGGUGGCGUGUGGAAGCAUAUUAAGAUAGUAAUGAAAUAGCUUUUAAGUAUUAUAGAUUUUUCUUUCAUUAUUUACAUGUACAAUAAUAAAUAAAAAGUAUGACUUACCUGACAAAGGAAUAUAAGCUAUCGGAUGUGAAAAAGAAUCUGUUAUUGAUAGAUGUGACGACUCCAAUGGUAAUCGAUAACACCCUUUUCUGAUGGAACUUUGGAAGUGUAAAAAUACUUAUCAAGAUGCGGCUAUAUGUUAUAAAGCGAUAUGUUUUCUUUCUAUUUCUUAUGACGACCAUAAUUUUGAUAUCUCUGGGUCUACAUGGAAACAUUGUAACACAACAAAACUCCUGGACAGGAACAGGAGACAUGUUGAUCCGACACACAGAUGAAAAGAUUCAAGAAGAUCCUAAUUUGAAAAUAUUUAAAGAUAGACGAAACACAAUGAUAGAUGCUUGCAGUAGUAAUGAAACAAGCUAUACAGCUAAGAAUACAGAGGGCACUCUCAGGAACCAUUUCGUAAUAGAUAGAAAACAUAAAUUUAUAUAUUGUGCAAUGGAAAAAAUUGGUUCGACGUUUUGGAGAAGAUUAUUUCAGAUUAUUUCUGGCUCUUCGAAGAAAACGAGUCCAUUCGAUAUUCCUCCUGGUGCUGCCCUUGGAGGGCAUCAAGAGACUUUCAAAACAUUAUCAUUUGAUGAUAUUCAUUCAGUUCUUAGUUCAUCGAAAAAGUUUAUAAUUGUAAGGGAUCCUUACGCACGUCUUUACUCGGGAUAUAUGGACAAACUUUUCUCAGCGAAUCUUAUGUUCUGGGAGAGCAUAGGAAAAUUUGGUGUGGAAACAUUUCGAGAUAAGCCGUCAAAUAUUAGUAAAAAAUGUGGACAUGAUUUGACGUUUACAGAAUUCAUUAAAUAUUUCAUACAUUCUGAAACUCAUAAUAAAAGACGAGACGGACAUUUUCUUCCAAUGUACGACCAUUGCCGUCCAUGUGAAAUUAAAUAUGAUAUCAUAGCAAAAAUGGAAUCCAUGUCAAAAGAUACAUUGAGCGUUCUGGAAAUAUUAAAUAUGACAGAACUACAUGAUACCCUUGAAAAACAAUUUACCGAAGAUACUCGUGAAGAUUCGUUUAUUGAUCAAACUAAGAUAUUAUUUGGAUCCUUUGCAAAAACUAAAAAUUGUUUAAGUAUUUAUGAAAACCAAAAACGAAUGUGGACGAAGUUUAAAUCAAGAGGCUUAAUUAGUAAAUAUGCAGAGUUUCCAUUUCAUGAAAGUGAAAGUGAAAGUCUAACAAAAGAAAAAUAUAUAAAAGCGUUAAAACAAGCUGUUAAAGAAUCGAAAGACAACGCCAAAUCCAAGCAAUAUAGAAAUGAUUACUUACAAGAAGCAUUUAUGUCAGUGCCAAAAGAUGUUCUCAGACGGUUACAUGUUAUACUACGGACGGAUUGUCAAAUAUUUGGAUAUGAUUGUGAUAGUCAUCUUUGGAUAGAGAAUGCUUUCCAUUGAUAACUCUUUCGUAGUUCAUCAAUAAUUUUUAAGAAAUAAAGUGGUAAAAAAUGUAUUUGAAAAAA